AUGCACAGCCUGGCCGUCGCAGUGGUGACCGGCGGUACCCGGGGCAUUGGGUACCAAGUCGUACAGCGCACGCUGGCAGAGGGGCUCUCCUGCGUGUUUGUGGGCUCGUCCGAGGCCUCCGUCGCGACCGCGUUCGACCAGCUCGGAUGCACGCCGCUCCGCGAGCACCAGUUCGUGCGCGGCGUCGCGCUGGACCUAGCGACCUGGCCCGCGUGGCCCGCCCAGGCCUCGUUCCCCUGUUGGGAGCGCUCCGCCGCGGGCAGCGCGCAGCGCGCCGCCGCGCUGCUGGACCUCGCGCCGGGCGGGCCGCGCCGCGCGCGCUACCAUUACGACCUGCUUGUCAACUGCGCCGGCGUCUCGCAGGCGUCGCUGGCCGCACACACCUCCGCCGACGCCGCCGCCCGCCUCCUCCACGUCAACCUGGGCUCCCUCGUGUCCCUGUGCCAGCUCUCCGUGCGCCCCAUGCUGCGCGCGCGCCGCGUCGCCCACGCGCGCCCCACAAUCGUCAAUGUCGCGUCUGUCCUGGGCUGCGCGCACGCACAGCCGCCGCCCGGCACAGCCGUCUACGCCGCAUCCAAGAGCGCGGUCAUCCAGUACUCACGUGCCCUCGCCGCUGAGCUCGAGCGGACCGGCAUCGCCUGCCAUGCCGUCGCCCCGGGCCUUGUGCCCGACACGGACAUGAUCGCAGCUCUGCCACCCGACGCCCGCGCUCGCCUAGCCGCUGCAUUCCCUGAAGCCCCCACCACUCCGAGGGCUGUCUGCGACCACAUCUGGCGCCUCUAUCGCCAGCCAUCGCCGCGCGCACCGGGGCCGUGA